GUCUAAAAGGUCCACGAUAUAUCACAGCAUGUGAUUACUGAUUGCACACAAUAUAUUGAGAAGUAGGUAGAAAUAGAAUCAGUCAGCUUGUAUCUAGACACUUCUCCAGAUUCUUCGCAGAUUAUCACUCAGAUCAAUGGCGGAAGGAGCAACCUCUGUUGUACCAAGCACUGAGCUAUUGGAAUGGCCAAAGAAGGACAAGCGUCGAUUCCUGCACGCAGUGUAUCGAGUAGGAGACCUUGACCGUACCAUUAAGUUCUACACUGAAUGUUUUGGGAUGAAGCUGUUGCGGAAAAGGGAUAUCCCGGAAGAGAAAUAUGCCAAUGCUUUUCUUGGGUUUGGGCCUGAAGAAUCUCAGUUUGUGGUUGAAUUGACUUACAACUAUGGAGUCGAUAAGUAUGACAUUGGAACAGGCUUUGGGCAUUUUGCCAUUGCAACUCAAGAUGUUUACAAAUUGGUUGAGGACAUAAAGGCCAAGGGUGGAACUAUCACUCGAGAGCCAGGCCCUGUUAAAGGUGGAUCAACUGUUAUUGCUUUUGCCAAGGACCCAGAUGGCUACCUUUUUGAACUAAUCCAGCGUGGUCCCACUCCUGAACCACUCUGCCAAGUGAUGCUUCGUGUUGGCGAUCUUGACCGUUCUAUCAAAUUCUAUGAAAAGGCAUUAGGAAUGAGACUCUUGAAGAAAACUGACAGACCAGAGCAGAAGUACACCAUAGCAAUGCUGGGAUAUGCUGAUGAAUACGAGACAAUUGCUUUGGAACUGACAUACAACUAUGGUGUAACUGAAUAUACCAAAGGGAAUGCAUAUGCACAGAUUGCAAUCAGCACUGAUGAUGUAUACAAGAGUGCCGAGGUAGUGAAUGUUGUAAUCCAGGAGCUUGGAGGAAAGAUAACCCGACAACCUGGACCAAUUCCUGGAAUCAACACUAAGAUCACUUCUUUCCUGGAUCCCGAUGGCUGGAAAACUGUGUUGGUUGACAACGAAGAUUUUCUGAAAGAACUCGAGGCAAAUAAGUAGGAGGGCGUCACUGAAUGUUACUAUUUCUAUCUCUGGUUGAAUAAUGUAGUCAGUCGCCCCUGGUAUGGGAUCGGCCGUAUUAGUAUGUAUGAGUACCCAGCGAACGCCCUAUGGGCUCGAACCUCUGUGUGAUUUCCUGGUCUAUUUGCCAGACAGAUCUAUGCAGCUCGGAUUUUAUUAAA